AUGGACUAUGCAGUGCAAUGUGCUCCUGGUUUUCCAGGGCCUCCUGGUCUUUCCACUCCCAGCAUGAAAGGAAGCAAAGGUGUUAGAGGGGCAGAUGGCAUACCAGGGCCAACAGGACCAGCCGGCGACAUUGGUCUUCCUGGUCCAAAAGGAAUAGAAGGUCGAUCAGGUUAUCCUGGUGCUAGAGGGGACCCUGGAUUUCUUGGAUUCCCAGGUGUAAAAGGAGAAAAGGGUAAUCAAGGACCCCCUGGACCACAAGGUGCAGAAGGGCCAAGGGGACCAAAGGGCCAGCAUGGUCCACCUGGAGUCCCUGGGAGAAUAUUCUCCAUCCCAGGAAGCAAGGGUCCUCCUGGACUGCCAGGAAUCCCAGGAGCACCAGGUGAUCAAGGAAUUCAAGGGAUUCCUGGACUACAAGGACCUAAAGGAGUAAAAGGUUUACCAGGAAGUUUUGGUCAUCCGGGUCACCCAGGACUGCCUGGUCUAAAAGGAGACAGAGGAUUUCCAGGACAAAGAGGACAACCUGGACUGAUUGGCUUUCCAGGUCUCCAGGGGUUACCUGGCUCACCAGGUACUGCCAUUGCUGGUCCAACAAGAAGAGGCUUUAUCUUUACCCGGCAUAGUCAAUCAACAAAGAGUCCUUCAUGUCCACAUGGGACAUCGCAGAUCUAUGUUGGCUAUUCGCUGCUUUUUGUACAAGGAAAUGAACGAGCACAUGGACAAGAUCUUGGAACAGCUGGUAGCUGCUUGCAGAGAUUUACCACCAUGCCAUUCUUAUUCUGUAACACCAAUGAUGUUUGUAGUUUUGCUUCCCGCAAUGACUAUUCAUACUGGCUGUCGACUGCAGCAGUAAUGCCAGUAGACAUGGCACCGAUUUCUGGCAGGGCACUAGAGCCCCACAUAAGCAGAUGUGUUGUCUGUGAAGGAGCUGCAAUGGUAAUAGCAGUUCACAGCCAAACAACUGUAGUUCCUGCAUGUCCAGAAGGCUGGAUAUCUCUCUGGAAGGGUUUUUCUUUUGUUAUGUAUACAAGUGCCGGCUCAGAAGCUUCUGGCCAAGCACUGGCAUCUCCUGGAUCUUGCUUGGAAGAAUUUCGAGCCAUCCCAUUCAUAGAGUGCCAUGGCAGGGGGACAUGCAACUACUACACAAAUUCCUACAGUUUCUGGUUGGCAUCAUUAAAUCCAAGAAGAAUGUUCAGGAAACCUCUGCCACAGACUUUGAAAGCAGGAGAACUAGAAAAUAUCAUCAGCCGUUGUCAGGUCUGCAUGAAGAGACCAGUCUAA